AUACUAUUGGUAGCCCUGUGCGAGCUUGCCAUAUGAAUUGGCGCAAUUUUAGCAAACAAAACUAAACAAAAUAAAAAUAGUCUAACAACGAACAAGCUACAGCUACAGCUUCUUAGGCUACAACAAUGACGACAACGACGACACCAACAUUGCAGACGCGCAUGGCACUAGCAGAAAUACCCGAUCGUUUAGAGGCACUACGUGUUGCAAACACACCAACAAAUGCCAAUCGCCGUACGCCCGAUGAACCCACGCCGGCAGCUACAGCCAACACGCCUAAUGGCGGAGUUGGUGGAGGCGGCGGUGGAGGACUUGGACUGCGUGUGGACAAUGAUAUGAAUGUGGCACAGGCACAGGACUUUAGUUUCUCACCGCUACCGUCACCAGAUGAGCUAAUCAUACGGCAACGUGGGCGUCGUCGUUUCACAACGACCUUCUCACCGGACAAAGUCAAUGGCGGUGUCAACGGCAACAACACUUCAAUACGUAGUCCCUUUCAGCGUACGCCUACGAAAAAUCUGCAAUUGACUAGUGGCAUGAUAUUGCGCAGUUCGCCACGCAAACGCCUCACCAUGGGCAGCACACCACCCGAGCCGACGCCAAUGGAAACAUAUUCACCCAUUAAGUUGUCCCACACAAAGCAACAGCUAUGGCCAGGCACGCCCAUAGUAAAGAAGCUGAAAAUGGAUGAUCGUCCCGUGGCGCAAACGAACAGCGAGGUACCAUUACCAGCACUCCUGCAGGGCCUAUCACAGCAACAACUCAUUGACUUGAUAAUGGUCAAUAUCAAACAAGAAACGGCGACGGCCACACAAAGCGCCGAGGAAAAGAUACGCGCCCAGCUGCCGACACCAGAUAUAAGUUUGUUGGAGCAGGAGCUACAUUAUGCCAAACGGCUCAUAUUCAAAUCUCUGCCUACGUCCCGGCUGUGCAAGAAAACAGAUGCCGCUGCCUACUCAAAGGCAGCUAUCCACCUAAAUGAGUUUAAACGAGUACUGCAAACGCAAGCGAAGCGUUUGCAUGAUUCUACACACUGGGACGCACUGGUGGACUAUGUCAGCAUGGCCUGGCAAUGUGUGGCAAGCACGCCCAACUGGGAGAGCAACUCUCACAAUGCUGUGCGUAGACAAUGCUUCAAGCUGCUCGCCUGUUCGUGCUAUGCGGCUAUCAAGCAUGGUGGCAUGCGGCUGGGACAAACGAGACUGGAGACAUUGGAGCGCAAUUUGCGUGAGUGGUCCAAGGACUACGAGGAUGUGUUGUCCUGCGUGAAUGCAUUGCAACGUACGCUUAACAGCCGCACCAGCUUAUAAAGCCAAGAGAGGUGGUAGACUUUAAAGUAGCCUUAAGGCCGACUUGCUGAACUCAAGGUUUAGUGGACCGUUUAGAUUUAAGUUUGCAUCUCCAAUUAGUAUUUAAGAGAAUCUAUUUGCCAUUUUUGUAUAGGCAUUUCAAGCAACCCACAGCUUGAAUGCAUUGUUUUAAAUUGUGUUUAUAUUGUGUUUGUUUUAUUUCCUCCUGUUUACAAUCUGUGCACAACACAUCAUCAUUCUACCAUUUUGUUACACAUACACAAACAGAGCAUGCCCGGCCACAGUUAAUUUAGAGAUUAAAACUUAAAUAAAUAUAUUCUUUAACCACAUACUAUGUACAUGGUUAUGUAUAGAAAAUAACUAAAAACCCACACACAUUACAUAUAUUCUGACAUACAAAU